CAUAUAUCGGUCUUACGAUGAUGGAGACGGCGGACCGAGGCUUCCGCAGCGCCGGGGCACCUAGCAGGUGUACUCAAUAAUCGGGCUACGUGUUGUACAAACCAGGUUCCAGAUUAGCGUCGAUUUGUUCUUCUAUGGAUGUAGGUGAGAUACAAGUAGCCGAGGUCAGCUCUGGAUCCGCUCAUCACCCCGCCACCUCCGCAUUUACUCCUCACUUUUGACUUUUGAGUCCACGAGUAAUCGUCUCCACGAGCAAGAAUUGGAGCUAUUCAAUCUUGCCGCUUAAAAGUAUUUAAGGACUGUGAUCUCCAGAUCAAUCCGGACGAAAGAACAAUAUCAUUGUCCUCUUCAUCAUAUCAAUUGAUAACUUCGCACUUCCUCAAAUACCACGUCACCUCUUAGCUCGAAACUACAAUCAAUACCAACAUGGCUGCUCUAGAGAUCCCAAAGAAGCAAAAGGCUGCGGUCUAUGACGAGCCCGGCUCGGUGUCGACAAAAGUGGUGGAAUUGGAUGUGCCUGAGCCUAGCACAGGCGAAGUGUUGAUCAACCUGACUCACACAGGUGUAUGCCACUCUGAUUAUGGUAUCAUGACAAACACUUGGAGAGUGCUCCCCUUUCCCACGCAACCCGGACAAGUCGGGGGCCACGAAGGUGUUGGGAAAGUCGUCAAACUCGGCCCCGGCACCGAAUCAGCUGGGUUGAAACUUGGCGAUAGAGUCGGAGUCAAAUGGAUUUCCAGCGCAUGCACGAACUGCCUGCCAUGCCAAGCAGGCUCUGACGGGCAGUGCUUCAACCAAAAGAUCUCCGGCUACUACACCCCCGGCACAUUCCAACAGUACACCCUAGGCCCGGCCCAUUACGUCACCCCGAUUCCUGACGACCUCGAAUCCGAACAAGCAGCCCCCAUGCUCUGCGCAGGCGUGACCGUCUACUCCGCCCUGAAACGCAGCAACGCCCGCCCCGGUCAGUGGGUCGUCAUUUCCGGGGCUGGCGGUGGCCUAGGCCACUUGGCCGUGCAGCUCGCUAGCAGAGGCAUGGGGCUGCGCGUGAUCGGAGUCGACCACAGCAGCAAAGCAGAGCUAGUCAAGGAAUCCGGCGCCGAGCACUUCGUGGACGUCACUCAAUUCCCCAGAGACGACCAGGGCGAAGCCAUCGCCAAGCAUGUUAAAUCGCUAAGCGAUGGACUGGGUGCUCACGCCGUGGUAGUGUGUACUUCGGCCAAUGUCGCGUAUGCCCAGUCUAUGGGCUUCCUACGCUUCAAUGGGACGAUGGUCUGCGUUGGUGUUCCCGAGGGAGACCAGCAGGCUAUUGCGACUGCCUUCCCGGGACGUAUGAUCAUAGGACACCAGACGAUCACGGGGUCAGCUGUUGGAAACCGGACGGAUGCGAUUGAGACGCUGAACUUUGCGGCUAGGGGUAUCAUCAAGGCACACUGCCGGACGGAGAAGAUGGAUGCUUUGACGAGCAUUUUUGAGGAGAUGGGGCAGGGUAAAGUGCAGGGACGAGUUGUUUUGGAUUUGUCUUGAUUGCA